CAAUCACAGAAGAACUUUUUAUCUGCUAAAACGUCACAAAGAAAGUAUUCUCCAUAGUCAACACACGAGCAGAUCUCCACCAGCUCAGUGAAAGCCAGAUACAGUGUUCCGUGCAAGAAUGAAGACUUUGCAGACUACUUUUAUUUUGUUUGUGUUUGUACCUUUGGUAAAUUCAGCACCACCUAAACAGCAAGAAUCACUCCAGUUUUAUGAGUAUGAUACAGAUGUUACCAUGGGAAGCCUGAUCCAACAAGAUUAUGAAAUGCAAUCCAAGGAUAUAAGAAAGGAUGGAACAAAUGUUUCUCUUGACACUUCCCUAAGACUGCAAGGGGAUGACAGCAAUGUACCACCAACAAAGGAUACAAAUUUACCUACUUGUCUGCUCUGUGUGUGUUUAAGCGGAUCAGUGUACUGCGAGGAAAUAGACAUCGAAGCUGUACCCCCACUGCCAAAGGAAACAGCGUAUCUUUAUGCCCGAUUUAACAAAAUAAAAAGGAUAGCAGUCUCAGAUUUUGCUGACAUUACUACCUUGAGAAGAAUUGAUUUUAGUGGAAAUAGGAUAGAAGAAAUAGAAGAUGGAGCCUUCUCAAAGCUUCUGUUAUUGGAAGAACUUUCUCUUGCUGAAAAUCGACUUAUAAAACUUCCCGUUCUACCUCCCAAACUAACAACAUUUAAUGCAAACCAAAAUAGAAUCAAGAGCAGAGGAAUCAAAGCAAAUGCUUUCAAGAAGCUGACAAAUUUGGCCUACCUCUACUUAGGACAUAACGCACUGGAAUCUGUUCCCCUUAACUUACCAGAAAGCCUGCGUAUUCUUCACCUUCAGUACAAUAAUAUUACUACAAUCACCGAUGACACAUUCUGCAAAUCUAAUAACACACGUUACAUCCGCACACACAUGGAUGAGAUAAGGAUGGAAGGCAAUCCGAUCCUCUUGGCAAAGCAUGUUAAUGCUUUUUCCUGCUUGAGAACACUGCCUGUAGGAGCAUACUACUAGCCACUACUUACGUAAUUAUACAUGCCAAAACUUAAACAUGGUAACAGAAGAUCAUUCUUUUUCCUCUGUUUACACGUUUAUAU